UCCGUCCGCACUUAUAUCUAGCUUCUAUUAUUUUUUAAGACUUCUAUGACUCAUUUUUAUAUAUAGUAUACUUAGUAUAUAGUAUAGUAGGUAUUCCAAGUCCAAGCAGAAAGAUCCCAAAAAAAUUUAAAACCGAAAACGUCGAAACAAUCAUCCCAAUUAGCCGCUGUCGUUGUAUAUACAAUAUUAUCAAAAAGCGAAUCGGGGAGAAAAGAAAGAAAAAAAAAAAGGAAGAAAUAGGGAGAUAUCGGUGGGGGCGAACGCAAGGUGAACCCUGAGGGAAUCAGGGGGGAAAGAGAAAUAAAAGAAAGUGUUUGUUUGCGUGCGCGGGCGCGCGUCCCGGUGGUGGCCGGGCAAGCGUCGCGGCGCACUUCAUCCUGCCAGUGUAGCCUCCUGGACCCUCCAACAGGGACUCCUGCCUGCUGCCGAUUCCUCCUUUUGUAGCUAAGCUGCUGCUGCUCUGCUACUGCUGCUGUUGCUGUCCGUCUCCUCGUUGUCCUGGUGGACUAAAUUUUAUUGCGGAUAUUUUUGUCGCGGACUUUUCUUUUUUUUUUUUUAACGCCGGCGUUUACAGGUUUCGUGAGCGGGAGUUUUGGUGAAUCCGGAGAAGAAUUUUUUAAGGUGUACCAAUCCAGGCUCUAGCUCGGAGCCGAACUUGAAGGAUAAAAUGCCUGAAUCUACCACAACUUGUUGACAAUUAUUACUUCCGGCUAGGUCCGGUUAACCCCUAGUCGGGUAUGCGGUGGGGUUGCUGGCCCCUAGUGGGGCUCCUUCUGGCAGUUGUGGCUCCUGCGGCACCAACACCACGUCGCGGACGGCACCGUUCCGUACCUGUUGAGGGGCCUCGAGCAGAGCCCUUGAUGGCACAACAAGGAACCAACACGAGACGGGACCCUUUCGAUCCCCAUAAAGAUUCGGAAGAAUUUCGAAGGGACGCACCCGACGACAAAAGAGAUUUUCCUAGUAGACUGUCAUCGACAGAUGAAGAUCCUUUGGUUAUUCGAACGACUAAGGGCAAAGUGAGAGGUAUUACUCAAACGUCUGCAACAGGAAAGAAGGUAGAUGCGUGGUUAGGUAUUCCAUACGCCCAAAAACCGGUGAAUAAUUUAAGAUUCAGACAUCCACGACCGUUUGAAAAAUGGGAUGGUAUCCUAAACGCAACCAAACAUCCGAAUUCUUGUGUUCAAAUUAUCGAUACGUUGUUUGGAGAUUUUUCUGGUGCUGCUAUAUGGAACCCCAAUACACCUAUUAGCGAAGAUUGUCUUUACAUAAACGUGGUUACGCCACGACCAAGGCCUACAAAUGCAGCAGUAAUGGUAUGGGUUUUUGGAGGUGGUUUUUACUCAGGUACCAAUACCCUGGAUGUGUAUGAUCAUAAUAUUUUGGUUUCUGAAGAGAACGUCAUAGUAGUCUCGAUGCAGUACCGUGUAGCUUCGCUUGGUUUUCUUUAUUUUGGUACAGCAGAUGCUCCAGGAAACGCGGGUCUUUUCGACCAGCUAAUGGCGCUUCAAUGGGUUCGUGAUAAUAUUGCUGCUUUUGGCGGGAACCCACAAAACGUUACUUUGUUUGGAGAAAGUGCCGGAGCAGUAUCAGUGUCAUUACAUUUACUUUCGCCAUUAUCCAGAAAUUUGUUUUCGCAGGCUAUAAUGGAAUCGGGUAGUGCAACUGCUCCUUGGGCUAUGAUAUCAAGAGAAGAAAGUAUCUUGCGAGGUCUGAGACUGGCCGAAGCUGUCAAGUGUCCUCACGAUAGGAGCAAUUUGGGUGCAGUUGUUGAUUGUUUGAAGAAAAAAGAUCCUGUGGAUCUAGUUAAUAAUGAAUGGGGCACUUUGGGUAUUUGCGAGUUCCCUUUCGUUCCUAUUAUCGACGGAGCUUUUCUAGACGAGUCUCCAGCGCGAGCAAUGGCCAAUAAAAAUUUCAAAAAGACUAAUAUCCUAAUGGGUUCUAACACUGAAGAGGGUUACUAUUUUAUAAUGUAUUAUCUCACCGAGUUGUUUAGGAAAGAGGAAAAUGUGUAUAUAAGCAGACAAGAGUUUCUAAGAGCAGUCACUGAACUGAACCCCUAUGUAAGUCCUGCAGCCCGUCAAGCAAUUGUAUUUGAAUACACGGAUUGGUUGAAUCCAGACGAUCCGGUAGCUAACAGGGAUGCUUUGGAUAAAAUGGUGGGAGAUUAUCAGUUCACAUGUAACGUCAACGAGUUUGCUCAUAGAUACGCCGAAACUGGCAAUAACGUGUACAUGUAUUAUUUCAAACAUCGAACGGUUGCCAAUCCUUGGCCUUCGUGGACGGGAGUGAUGCACGCAGAAGAAAUAAAUUACGUUUUCGGAGAGCCCUUGAACCCCGCCAAAUCUUAUACAGCCCAAGAGGUGGAUCUAUCUAAAAGAAUUAUGAGAUAUUUUGCGAAUUUUGCCAAAACAGGUAAUCCGUCAUUAGCUCCUAAUGGAGUUUGGACUGCUACUUUUUGGCCUCUACACACAGCUUAUGGGAGAGAGUACCUGACAUUGGAUGUAAAUAGUACUGCAACGGGUAGAGGCCCAAGAUUAAAGCAGUGCGCUUUCUGGAAAAAGUACUUGCCUCAAUUACAACAGCUUACUGUGGAAUUACAACAAAAACCACAAACGCAAAAUUGCACCAACGGUGUAGGCACAAUAAAACCACGUCACACCAAAAUGAGAUCUGCAGUUUCACUUCUAGCGCUUCUUUUAACCGUAUUCAGCGGCUUACUUGCGUAGGGUAAUUAGAAAGAGAACUGAAUAUGUGAAUUUGACACAAUACAUAAAUGUAAAAAAGAUAAUAGAAUAUUAUCUCCGCCGUUGUGCGCAGUGGCAUUUAGAAAAAAAAUCGCUUUUUGCUAUAAAUGUAGAAGACCCCCUUAAAAAAAAAAACUGAACGAUUUUACGUGUUUUAGAGGUUGUGAGUUGUGACUGAGGACGAAGGUGCUUUGGGUUCGAAACUUUGGUUUGUGAAACGGAUACUAGAAUGACCUCAGUCUGGCGAAUUUUGAAACAUAUCUUUAGAAUUUUAAGGAGAUAAUUAAGUAUAUAAAUGUUCAAGCUUUUGUUCUACUACCUAUCUAAAUAUAUUAAGUGGUUAAUUUGGUUCCUGCAAUAAUAGCAAUUUAAGCUCGGGAUAUUUGAGGGAUUUUACAAUAAUAAUUGAUAAAAAUUUUCAAAUAUUCCACCUUCUAAAACAACUAUGCAUAUCAUUAAAUUAUCAUCGAAGUACUACUAAUUAUAUACUUAAAACUUUAUACACAUAUCAAUUAUUACAAGUUAAUUAGUUUUCUGAUUAUUUAUAUUUCAAAGUUUUAUUCCCAAAGUACCUGGUUUCCCUAAAUAAAUAAAAAAUAAAAUUGAAAACUGUAUAAUGUAAAAACCAAGUAGAAGAUAACAUUGGAUUACGUUUUGAUUGCAAGUACUGUUUUUCAAAUAUUAAAUAUCACCCUCGAAACCAAUUUCAAUUUUACCCAAAUUCCUAACAUAGGUAUCAUUAUUUGUGCCGUCCCGUAAAUAUCGACUUACCGUUGUCACAGUGAAAAUUUAUACUCCUUCCUCGAAUUACUCUGGAGACCAUUAAUUAUGGCACAGGACGUCUAAUUUCCCUUUAUUGAGGUCCGGGCUUGAUAUACUGCCAGCUACGAUACUUCUGCUUCAAUUUCUUUUGCAAUCAAAACGAAUUCAAUGUACCGUGUAUAAAUGUUUAAAAAAAAACAAGUUGAAACUUAUACUAGCAGAUGCAUUAGUUGAAUUUUUGGUGCCAAAAGGUGCAUCUGCGCGUAUUUGUUAUAAUUCUAACCCAUCUAAUAAAAAGAACAAAAAAAAAUCUGUUGCAAUCCCCGCUAAAAAUAUCUCUUUGCUGCCUUAUAACGAUAACUUUACAAAUAUAGAGACAAAUAACUAUUUCGUACUGUAAAACUAACUAAUUAUUCUAUCCUAGUGAUUAGUGAUUAGUGACUCUAGUGCCUCCGUAUUUAUGUAGAAGUAUUAGCGACUGGGGAAUGGAAAGAACUUGAAUAAAGAAUUUUAUUAAUUUAGCGAAUAGAGGUGAAUCAAAUCCUGAUAAAUUACAAAUUUCUAUGAGCACAUUACUUUCAAACAAUAAUUAUUGAUGGGUUGGUCCGUUACUUUGUGACAAUACAAAAUCACUCGCCCCCGCAACUUAUUGAAAAUUUUCAAAAAUGUUAACAGCAAUCAAUAUGGGUCUGCAUAGCAAACUUCCUGAUUCUUCUUUAUGGAGAUUCUUGGGAAUGCAAUCAAAUUUUCUAUUCCAUUUGGAAACACUUAAAAUUUCAAUAUCUAACAACUUUAUAAAUCUCUAUGUCUUGCCGUAAAUAACCUGUUGUUUUUUCUAAUAGACCCUGAAAUAGGGACUGGUUAGAGUAGUUUUUUUUUUGUCUGGCAUUUUGAGAGCGGAAUAACCAAUUAGCUGAUGAGAAUAUGGGUGAUUUUAUUGCCUGCCACCCGUUUGAAAAUUUCUAGAAGAAAAAAAUUCAUUUACAUGAAGCAUUUUUUUUUUUAACGUAACAAGGAUAGUAAAUUUACUCUCGUGAACAAACUUUUACUAUACAAACAAGUCAUAAGACCGUCUUUACUUAAGGGCGCACCAGUUUUUUUCUUAGACUUCACGACAAAACAAGAAGAAACUGCAGACAUUUCAGAACAAGGUAAUCUGAAGGAUGGUCGGCGCUCCGUGGUAUGUUCGCAAUGUGGACCUAGAUCAGCCUUUUCAUUUUCUGGGUGGCUCUCGUGGCCUGGUACCCAGGCUAUGGUAAGUUUGUUGGACAGGCCCACCUCCUCUAGGGCACGAACACAGUCCUCAACCAGCUUGGAGCUGAUCUUUUGGGAGCUGAUUGCCUUUAGGGCCGCCUGGCUAUCCGAGUAAAUAACGAUGUUUACUCCCAACUUUCCUUUCAUUUAUCAAUAUGGCACAGUGCAUUACUGCAACGAUUUCCGCCUGAAACACCGUGGCGUACUGUCCGAGACUUGUGGAUAUUUCCACCCUAGGUUUGUCCCCGUAGAUGCUGGCUCCGACCCCCUUUCUGGUCUAGGAGCCGUCGGUGUACCAGAUGUGGUCUGCUUUAAUUGGAGGACCUUUCUCCCAGUCUUUCCUCCCCGGAAGUGCCUAUUGAAGAUAAAAAUAGGUUUUGUUUUGUUUGAGGGCAUCCCGAACAAUGAGUUGACCUCUGGGUCCUCCUCAAUUUUCCAGUUCAUGGGCCUUUAGUGUUUUAUAAUUGGACCCUGGCCUUGCUUCAGUCUGUAUAGUACCGCCUUUACUUCACCCUGUAUGUAAAUAUGUAGUGGCGGCAGGUUUAGCAGCACCUCCAAGGCUGCGGUUGGGGCUGUUUUCAUGGCACCCGUGAUGCAUACGCAGGCUAGCCUUUGCACACUCUGAAGCUGUCUGAUCGCUACGGUCCUUUGUACCCCAGACAACCGAACCGUAGGUUAUCAUUGGUCUUAUCACUAUUUUGAAUAACCAUAGAUUCAUCUUUGGAUUAAGUCCCCAGCUUUUUCCACAGAGCCUUCUGCAUCUACCCAGAGAAAUUUUGGCCUUCUGGACAACUUUAUUGAGGUGUGGAAUAACUCCUAGAUAUUUAACCUCUUUUGAGAAGGGGAUAUCCGCUCCAUUGAGCUUAGGACAUCGAAGUCCUCUUAGCACUCUUUUCUUUGUGAACGGGACAAUUAUGGUUUUUUGCGCAUUAACCGACAAGCCUUCAUUCCUACACCCAGUUAUCUACUAUAUUCAGUGCUUUUUGAGUUCUGCCUGUUUUAGAUGUCUGCCUCUGACUACCAGGACUAUAUCAUCCGAGUAGCCAAGGCAGUAGAAUCUCUCCUUGGCCAUUUUUGCCAGGAGAUCGUCGACAAGGACGCGAUUUUACUAAAUAUAAACUAUUACAGCGCAAGACACGCCCCCAACUUUGUCAUUGCAAAAUAUAAUCGGCCUCGGCGCGAUUUUACUAAAUAUAAACUAUUAGAGCAUAAGUGACUCUAACAUUGCAAAAUAUAAUUGCGCUCAGCACAAUCCUGCAAAAUCUAAUCGUUGACAGCACAACGUGCGGCUGAUUCAUAUAAAUAAAUCAAUUCAAAAAGAAUGCAGUUAUCGAAUUUUAAAAAUUUACAAGGUGCUGCAAUUUGGAGUGUUUUAACCAGGAAAAACAUACUUCUAGACCAGAUAGAAGAAAAUUAACCUGUCAUGGGAUCGAUUUUCGAGAAACGUCGGUUGUCAAAAACCGUAUCACGAUAUCUUUAAUGGUACCAUUGAUACCUGGCGAUUGUCGAUUUUCCCUAUUAUGACAAAUAGCUAUAAGUUUUUUGUUUAUCAAUUUUUUUUAUUUCUGUAAAAACAUUUUGGAGAUACUUUUUUGAGCACAAUCCAGUGGCGUACUCAGUUUUUUUCGCUCCGAUUUCGAGAUAUCGACCAUAGUCCAAUAUUUUUUAAUAAAACACACUAUACUAUUAAUAGCUCAUUGGAUAGCUCUGUUUUUGCUGAUUUCAAUGAUAUAAAGUUUGAUAGUUUUUUUUAUCUGCCGAUACUUUAUUAAAGCUGUUGUGAUGGCACGUAUUGUUUACGAAACAAUAAUCUGCAGUUUUGGCAAAGUUGUUUCACUAUCCGUAUAGGCACUCGGUAUAGGCCUAUUGUUGUUUCUGGGUUCAGCCUACAACCUGUGGAGAGAAAAGGGUAAAUGGAUGAAACUGCUUGUCCUGCUCUUCUUCUAACCCAAGUGCAGUGUUCUCUGAAGUUGAGUUUCUUAUCUAGGUUUACUUCUAAUACGGUAACAUUUUCAGAUGGUGUUAUUUCAUUACCAUUUAUGGCGAUGUGGUUUGGGUCUGACCUUCUUUUUUUAUUGAAGUGGAUGGUGUUGGUCUUAUGGUUUAGCUUGAGCUUUCAUUUAUGGCAGUAUUCGUCUAUUAUUCUGGUGUGUCCAUUAUCCAUUGUGUCUUUGUUAUUAUUGAAAAUUCAUUCACCCACUCAUUGCAACGUAAGUUAAAGUCGUCAGAAUUGCACUCUUCGUCAGAUUUCCCUUUUAACUUUAAGCGAAGUACUGCUAUUUAAUUGUUUUGAUUUUCAUACUUGAAUAUAUUAACAUUUCCAUUGUUACCCAAUGGAUUAAUAAGUUGAAUUAAAUUAUCCAUAAUGAAAACACACAAUACUAACAAUAAUAAUUAACUUCUAAGAGUGACCCCUGCAUCUAACAAGUAAAAUUUGAGGCUAGAUCCGCCACGUAGUGUUACAAACGAUUACAUUUUGCAGGGAUGUGCUGAGAGCGAUUAUAUUUUGCAAUGACGUUAAGGGCUAGCAUCUCUUGUGCUCUAAUAGUUUGAUGACUUGGGCGUUUUGUCUAGGCACCUGCCAAUCUUUGGCAGGUAGGCGACUGUCGCCUUUUACCAAACUUCUAGUAUGUGGCCCCAAGCAAUGCAUGCUCUGAAAAUGUUGCAAAGGUGUGGUAUUAGUAUGUCCUAACCUUUCUGGAGUAGUGCUGGGUAGAUUCCAUUCGGACCUGGCGAUUUAAAGGGGUGGAACUCGCCUAUGGCCCAUUUAAUUCUCUCAUAUGUCACCAGUUCCUUUGCUCUUUCCCAGUUUAAUGGCCUUCUGGGCUUUCCGACUUGAUAUGUCGGCCUAGAUUGAUCAUAGAUGAUCCUGGAAAAUGGGUAUCUACUAUAGCCCUAAGCUUUCCUCGUUAGUGCUCGUGUAGGCCUCGUUCGAUCUUUUCGAGGGGCCGAGAGCGUCGGCAGUACCUUCCCUUACAAGGACUUUGUGCACUCUAGCGCACAUUGGCGUUUCUGUGAUUUCUUCACAGAAUCACUCCUAUGGCAUUCUUUUUGCCUUGCGGAUCUUUUUGUUGUACUGCGUAAGUUUUGUUCUGUACGUAUUCCAGUCUUGGUGGACCUACAUAGGGAUCUGAGCGUCGACACAAUCCAGGAGUACCUUGUUGAGAAACAUACCUAGUUUCUUGACUCAGUAAUUAACCAUACCAAUAACAUUAUUUAAAAAAUUAUUCGACGAUAACUUUAACCCUGACAGGACUCGCCUACGAAAUUUAAAAGCUCCUAUUCUCUUCUAGUUGAAUGAAAUCCCCUUCCCUCCUUUCCCAUUCCUUUCUAUCCCAUUCUUUCCCCAUUCCCCUCCCUUUUCCUAAACAAAAAUUAACUCUAAACACAACACAGCAGUAAGCAGAUGUUUUUCAAUGGCUGAAAAAGUGGGGAUGGGUGUCAACUUACAAGAGAAAAGUAUGGAACUUUCCGCAUUGACUUUCUUUCUGGCAAUCAAGGAAAUAAAAGGUUUUCUUGUGAAAAUAACGCUGAAAAAUCGCCAGACAGUAAUCACAGUUCGAAAUCGAGCAAAUCCGCAAAACAUUCCGUGGAAAUUUCGAAUGAGGAGUAAGCAUUGAAACCACUUAUAUCCUCAUCAAUUAACUAGCCACAUUCAGCCAAAAAUGACUCCACUAAACAGUCUCUAUCUCAGGGUCUAUGAGGAACAACUAUCAUCCUGAAUCUUGAGUUAUUGCUUUGCAAGUUCCCUGGUUCAUCUCUAAAAAAAUUCUCAGAUCUUAAAUUAUUCUUCUGCAAUAUUCCCGUUCUUCUAUGAGAAGACCCUUAUUAAGAUUUUUAGACCUUUAGAUUCUGAAGCAUCAUUUUGCAAAUUUGAUGGUUUUUCUCCUAUGAGGUGACUAAUGAGCCAUUUCCAGGACUCAGACAGAUACAGUAUAAAAUUAAUAAUUUCCAGUAAGUAAACAGGUGUUUAGUAAUAAAAUAUAGUACUCAAAUAGUUUUCACUGAACACUAAUAAAUUAUGAAUCGUAAUUUAGUAUUCCCCCAGUCGCCAUUUUUUCAAUUACUUACUUAAUUAAUUUAGGCUCGCCCCGCAUUUUUACUAAAUACUCAAACAUACAUAUCCACUAAUGGUGCGAAUCUUAAUGAUUACUAUUAAACCUAAUGAAGGAAAAAAAACUUAGAUCUCUCUUUACCCCCUUUCACUUUCUAUUUAUGUAUAUAAAGAUGGUACCUACUCACAUUUUUUACUUAUUUUAUGUAUAUUUUUAUUGGUUUAAAACAUUUCUGGGUAAUUUUAAAGCUUGAAGUAGGUACCUAUCGAGCUUUAAGUAUUACCAUCAUCUAAAAUUUUCCAACAAAUUGCUUUUUGUACAAAUCGAGUAACUUUUAGGUACAUUAGCAACUUCUUACCUUGUUACUGAAUAAGAUUAAUAACUGAUUUACGCUUUGGUUGUACUAAACUAAUAAAUGUAGAUAGUGAAAAAGACAUUAGUUAAGUGUUGAUGAAAACCGCAAAAAAAAAUUGCUUGAAAUUGCACUCUGGACUGAAACCUUGCUUGAUUUUCAGUUUUUGUACGUCAACUUCAAGUUUGGAGUAAUUUUUUUUUUUAGUCUUCCUGCGUGGAAUAAUAUUGUUCACGAAAAAUUUUUAUCGGUGAUUAGGUUUUUAACGUCAAAAGUAGAGCUUUGGAUUUUAAAAAUUAAUAAUCACCAGACAUCGACCAGUAGUAGCGUUAUUUAAAUGUAAAUUUUGUAAUGACGUAGUUUUUCAUAAUGCACAAUAGGUUCUAGGAUGGCGAAAUUAAAUGAAUUAAUUGCUGUUUAUUUGUACUUAGUGUAGAUAAGAGUAAUUUCUAGCCAAUUGAUUUUCAAUUUCUAAUCAGUAAGCUUAAAAAUUGAAAAUUAUCGUAACUAAUUUAAAAAAAAGCUAGGAUUAGAUUCUAAAAUCCCAUAAGUAAAGUUUUAUAUAGAAAAAAUCAAUGAUAUGUGUUCCUUAUUCUAAAUGAAAUUCUAACUUUUCAUAUCAUUUUCAAUUAUUAAGGCUCAAAAAGUAGGCCUGCUACAUAAACAUCAAUAAAUAUGGCCUCGAUUGUUGCUUAUUUAUUUAUUUCAAAAUAUGAAAUUUUUAUUUUUAAUACAUAAACAUAUAAUUAGAGCUUUAAAUGAACUCCGCCUAUAUUGAACAGCAUUUUGAGAAAGAUCUUCCAUAAUGUAUGAUUGCUUAUUUAUAUUUGUUUAAUUUAGUAUUGAAAAAAAUGCCUAAAACAUAGAACAGCGAACAAUUUGUCCAAUAAUGCUACACUAAGUUUUUAGUCUAACAGUAAGAAAUUUUAGCACUUUGGGUCUCGGGUCUCAUCCAGUAUUGAGUUUUUUAUUAUAGAAACUUUCCAUAUGUCUUAAAAAUUGAAUAGAAAAACUGCAAUGAACAAUAUCUGAUAUUUUUAAAACAAAAAUGAUGUACGUUGUACCCCUAUUGCUAAAGCUGCUUACCAACUAAUUCUUAAGUAAAAAUUUGUUAGUUAAUUGUGAUAAAAUAUAAGAAAAAUUUUACUAUAAUUAAUAUAUCUAUAAAACUAUAAUGUAGUCAAUUUUUGUUGGACUGAUAUUUGUAUCAGACCGUCAUCAGAAAUUUAUUUUAUUAAAAAUUAUCACUCCUUAUGAAACACAAGUAGAUAGAAGGCCUAUUCAGACAAACUAAAAUAAACUCUUUCAUUAUUGCUGUGUAUUUUGCCGAGUAAUUUUCUUUUUAAAUUAUUUAUUAUUUUUGUUCAAUUCUGAUAAAUAAUAUUGUAUAAAUGACGGAUAAUAUUAUUAUAUAAAAAAAAAUAUAAACCUAUAGAAUUUAUUGUUGUAGGCCUUUGGCUGAUGUAUAAUUAUUAUCAUUGAUUUAUUAUUGAUUUAAAUAAAUGAAAUGCUUGUACAACUUUAA